ACUCGAAAUGGGUCGAAAAAUUACAGUUUUCCAAACCCCUCAUGCAGCAGGUAAUUUGCUUGAAGUGCAUUUUAUCGGAGGUUCGCGUCUUUGGGGAACUAUUUUGCGCGGCGGAACACGACUCGCCUAAACGUAACCUUUUUAUUGGAAGCCAUGAUGGAAGUUUAACGGUGGAGUUUAGCUGGAGAGUUAAGGCGGCUCGGGUGACUUUACGCACGGCUCCGCCGUCACAUUUCAUUCACGGGUUUAGUUUAAUAGUAUGGUGGAGGCUGUCAAAUCUCUGUUUCCGCUUUGGACUUACCGAGAUCGUGGAUGGUGGGGAUCCGCUGCCGGGUUUUUUCUUUUUUUUUUUUUUUUUUUUUAUUAUUUUUUUUUUUUUUUUUUUUAAGAUGCACGUCCGUAGCUAGCGCGCUAGGCUAAUCCUCUCAGACAGCAGCAGUGUGUCCCGUCGCCAGUCUUCUGGGUUUUGGAGACGUCGGAGAGGCUUUCUCUCCGCCCUUCGGCACAACCACGGCGACUGCAGCGGAAUCAGAGACUUGGCGUGCUUUCGAGAUCCUGCUCUGCGAGACGUGGAGGAUCGUCUACCUUUCGACUCGGGAGGACUUCCAGCCGCUCGGUCGGGUUUCGCGAGCCGGGCCUGCUGUGGCGGAGCGGCGCGAGGCCCUUCUUUAUGCUCGAGCGGCGGCGGCGGGCGCCACUCGGCUGCUAAGCUAAGCUAAAAUAAGCUAAGCUAAACUAGCGGGGAAGCUAGCGCGUCCAGAGGACGGCGAAACCCGACGAGCGUAUCCCUGACGGCGUUUCCCUCGGAGGCAAAAAUACUCUCGCUUACUUUAAAAACCAUAAAGACUCCUUUUACAGCGAUGGCUACGAUCAUACAGAAGAUGGUCAGCCGAAACAAAAGGAGAUACCAAGAAGAUGGCUUCGACUUGGACUUGACCUAUAUUUAUCCCAACAUAAUUGCUAUGGGCUUUCCUGCUGAGAGACUUGAGGGGGUCUACAGAAACAACAUAGACGACGUUGUACGGUUUCUGGACUCAAAACAUAAAGAUCAUUACAAGAUAUAUAAUCUAUGUGCAGAGAGACAUUAUGAUGCUGCCAAAUUUAAUUGCAGAGUUGCACAAUACCCUUUCGAAGACCAUAAUCCUCCCCAGCUGGAGCUGAUCAAACCUUUCUGUGAAGACUUGGACAAGUGGCUCAGUGAAAAUGACAAUCAUGUGGCUGCCAUUCACUGUAAAGCCGGCAAGGGCCGGACGGGCGUCAUGAUCUGCGCGUACUUGUUGCACCGGGGCAAAUUCAGAAAAGCACAAGAGGCCCUGGACUUCUACGGGGAGGUCAGGACCAGGGAUAAGAAGGGUGUGACGAUUCCCAGUCAGAGGCGAUACGUCUACUACUACAGCUUCCUUCUGAAGAACCAACUGGAGUACAAACCAGUGGCUCUGCUCUUUCACAAGAUGGUGUUUGAGACGGUGCCCAUGUUCAGUGGAGGGACCUGCAAUCCCCAGUUUGUGGUGUACCAGCUGAAGGUGAAGAUCCACACAUCUAACCCUGCGCACACGCGACGGGAGGACAAGUACAUGCUGUUCGAGUUUCCACAGCCGUUGCCCGUGUGUGGAGACAUCAAAGUGGAGUUCUUUCACAAACAGAACAAAAUGAUGAAGAAGGACAAGAUGUUUCACUUCUGGGUGAAUACCUUCUUCAUCCCUGGAGUGGAGGAGAGCUCUGUGGAGAAGGUUGAAAACGGGAGCUUACUGAAGGACCUGGAUGGGAUUCCAAGCACAGAGAGGGGGGAGAACGACAAGGAUUACCAAAUCCUGGUUUUAACCAAGAAUGACCUGGACAAAGCCAACAAAGAUAAAGCCAACAGAUUAUUUUCCCCAAACUUCAAGGUGAAGUUGUACUUUACAAAAACGGUGGAGGAGCCAUCCAACUCUGAGGCCAGCGCUUCUGCAUCUAUAACACCGGACGUUAGUGACAAUGAACCCGACUAUUACCGAUAUUCUGACACAACGGACUCGGAUCCAGAAAACGAACAGCUUGAUGAUGAUCAACACACACAGAUAACAAAAGUUUGAAUAUUUCUCCCCCCUUUCCUUUGGAAGAAAAAAGAAACUAUACAAAACCAGAGUUGUAAAAAGGAGAAAACUUGAAUAUGAACUGAAAGCAAGUACUUUUGUGUUUUUUCUUUUUCCUUCCUGAAACAAGUACAGAGGUGGGACAGUCAUAUGAUGCCUCCAUUUUAGGGACUAUAUAUUUGACCAAUUUCCUCUUUUAAUUUGCCCCUUUUAUCUGCAAAGCAUUGGCAUGUUCCUUUUGGGGUUUGGGGGGGGGGGUCUUAUUCUGGCUAAAAUUAAUAUUCUGUAAAUACCUUUUUGUGUCCUCAUACAAAAAGGAAGUUGUCAGGGUAUGAAAGAUCAGGUAUGGGGUGUGUUUGUUGGGAUGAUGUUCUUCUCCAGCUCCUGGUGAAAGCGAGGCCAGUGUUCGAGUAAGUGACUACCCCCCGCACGCCCCCUUCUAUUGCCCCCCCACCUCAUGUCUUAUGUACUGUGAAGAGCUUCAUGCACAGUUUG